UGUUGGAUCAAACUAUAUAUGCUAGUUAACCCUUGAAGAAAACAGCCACGACCUUUAACACCCCUCUUCUGCGCCUAUCCUAUUCUGAAUAUACCAUGAAAACACCUCAACCUCCUCCUGUUGUUCCCCGAUACUUGCAAGAAAAUGAACCUAGCCAAGAAGACAAAGACCUUAUAUCCUCUCUACCUACAGAAAAAGGUUGGAUUGGAAAUAGCCUUCACAAGUACCAAGGUUUUUGGCAGGCAACUGCGCACAUGCAGGGAGUUUUGGCAUGCCAGAAACACUUUCGAGCUCUAGAAUCUGAUAUCAUUCUCGUUACCACUCCCAAAUCAGGCACGACUUGGCUCAUGGCAAUUUUGUUUGCCCUAGUGAAACGAGCGCACUAUCUGGACCUUCGGCGACACCCUUUGCUCACAGAAAACCCUCAUGUUCUUGUGCCCUGUUUGGAGUUAGAUGUCUACACUGACAAACAGGUACUUCCUGACCUCUCCUCCCUGGCCCCUCCGAGGCUCUUUUCGACUCAUUUACCGUAUGUGUCUCUGCCGGAUUCUGUCAAACAUUCCGGUUGCAAAGUUGUUUACUUGUCUAGAGAUCCUAAAGAUGCUUUUGUUUCACUUUGGCACUUCGUGAACAAACUGAGACCCGUGGGUAGUGGAACCAUGUCACUUCACGAAGCGUUCGAUAAGUUCUGCCGGGGAGUGAGUUCGUUCGGACCCUUUUGGGAUCAUGUACUGGGGUUUUGGAACGAGAGCUUAAAGAGACCUGAAAGUGCAUUUUUCAUCAAGUUUGAGGAAAUGAAACAAGAGCCCGCUCUUCAACUGAGGAGGCUGGCCGAGUUCUUGGGGUGCCCAUUUUCCCCGGAAGAAGAGACGCAUGGAAUUGUGGACGGUAUCUUAAGGUUGUGUAGUUUUGACAAUUUAAGCAAUUUGGUUGUGAAUAAAAGUGGGAAAUUGCCGGCCGGUAUGGAGAAUAGUGCAUUCUUUAGGAAAGGUGAAGUUGGAGAUUCGACGAAUUAUUUGACCACUGAGAUGGUGAAAAAACUAGACUCCAUUACUCAAGAGAAGUUGUAUGGUUCCGGGCUAAAGUUCUAGGGUUUGCAUCGUUUUUUUCUCUCUGUGUGAGUCUCCUUGUGAGCGAGUUUUUCAAAUUUUGGUAAAUCGUUUUGUCACUGGCUUUAGCCAUAGCCAAGGUCGGCGGCAAUCCAUUAUCUGUGUGUGAGGGUUCUUUGUGUGUUUUUCUGUUUAGAGCUCAUCUUUAGGUUGUGCUUUUCGUUUGUAGUUGGAGGUGCCAAUGUUGUUGUGUGCUUUAUGUGUUUUUAAGGCCUCCACUCUUGUAUAUGUGGUGUGUUGGUAAUAAAACGUCACCUUGUGACAAAAAAAAAAAGGUUCUUGGGUUUGCUUAUUA